AUGUGCCAAUACAAGAGAGAAAAUGAGGCGGAAAAAAUCGAACAAGAAAUAGUCCUGACAACAGCAGUCAAAAAAUCAGCAAGCCAAAUUUCCCGAAUCCCGUAUAUGUAGUUUUCAAGACAAGCAGCUCACUCUACAUUUUGAUCUGUAUUCGACGCCUACCCUCAAAUUCAAUUACGCCUCUCAAAUUUUCCCAGAGCAGAAAAAUCAACCCAAUAAGCCAAUAAAAAUGGUGACUUUAGUGGUGGCUACCACCUGCGAUCCGGCGUCGAUCAACCCGGCCAAAGCCCUCUUGGCCAUGCCCGGUUGGCAGCCUGGCCCCACCCUGGAGGGCGGCAUCAGAAGCUUCAAGAAUGGUGGCUCCCUUCGAUUACUGGAACAAGAGAAGUUUAUAAUUGAAGAAGACGAUCUGGACUUGAGAUGGGAGGCGGCCACCGGAGAGACGGUGGUGGAGGUGAUUUUUCUAUCUCGACACGCCGCCGUUUCAAAUCGUCCUGCUCUCACUAUCCACCCUAUAGGGGUACCCCAUUUGAAGGAUGGAGAUGUUCUACCACAAGGGGGAAAACCAGGAUGGGCGGCGCCACCUUGUCCUCGUAUGGGGCCAUGGCUGCUGCUCUUGAAGAAAAUUGCUGAGUCCCACAAUUUACUGCCUGAAUUUGAGAUAACUUUGGAGGCUACUCAUCAUGGGCCUGUAACAACGAAGCCAACAAUGUUUAUUGAGAUAGGUAGCACAGAAGAUUACUGGGGAAGACAGGAUGCUGCUCGUGUUGUUGCUCAAUUUGGGAAGGACUUGGUCUUGGAGAAGGUGCUGCUAUUGGAACUUGGAGCAGGUAUGUUUGAAUUCACGCAGCGGCUCCUGUCUAAAUCUCUCAAUGCAACCGAAAAGAAGAAGGUUCUCCUUGGUAUUGGAGGAGGGCAUUAUGUACCUCGGCACAUGGACAUAAUUAUGAAAGACGGGACUUGGGUCGGCCACCUCAUCUCCGGAUAUUCUUUGCCAAUGGAAGAUCCUGGACAGUUGAAAGAGAAAACAACCACUGACAGCAUUGGAGGGACAUGGAAACAAGCCAUCAAAGUUGCUUUUGAUGCUACCAAAGCAGCCUUCCCAGGCGGAGAAAUUCUGGCACAUCUUGAUCAUAAGAGUUUCAAGGGUUGGCAGAAGAAUGCUAUUACAGAUUUUCUAGGCCAACAGGGCAUAAAAGUCGGCAAGCCAGCAGACUUCCAUUGAUCCCGAUGAUACGGUACCAGUCUCGUUCCAGCAACCAUGGCCGAAUCCAAGAUUUUAUAUGGUUGUCGGAAUACUGUAACAGUCCAUUUGCUGAUUCAGUUCAUAGAUACUGGGAGGUAGAAGCUGAAAUCUGCUAAUUGAAGAGAUGCAUACGAUGAUGUCAUUCUAGUUUGACCUGUCUUUUCUUGGACCCCUUUGUGCGAUCUUGAACUCAGAUAAUGUAAGCCAUGUAAGAAUAAUAUCUUGUACAAUAUUUAUUCGGAUGUAAGAGAAAAGAAAACCCUUCUAAAACAAGAAAAAA